UCUUUCCUUUGCUCUUUGCGGCUUUGUCGAGCGACUCGUGCCACACCCCCGUGGCCUCUUCCGGAACCGGAAGGAAUCGGCUCCUCUGGAGGCGUUUCCGGUGUCGCCCUUCCGCUGACGCCAUCACACGGCCUUCCCCACACACAACAUGGCGGCGCCCGUGCUGCUCCCCGCGGGGUCGGCCCUGGGGAAGCUGAGCCAUAAACAAUAUAGAGCUGUUCUGAAGAAAGAGAAAAGAAAGAAACGGAGACGAGCGCUAGCCAGAUUGAGAGAUUCCGAAAUCACAGAAAAAGAUGAAACAUUGCCUGAUGAGGAAGAACUAGAAGAAGAGGAAAAAAAGCUUGAUGUUGAAAGGCAAAAACUACAUGAGGAGUGGUUGUUGAGAGAAGAAAAGGCUCAAGAAGAGUUUAAGAUCAAGAAGGAAAAGGAAGAGGCAGCAAGAAGACGUCAAGAAGAGGAGGAGCGAAAGAUCAGAGAAGAAUGGGAAGAACAGCAGAGGAAAGAGAAAGAAGAGAAGGAGCAGAAACAACAGGAGAAAAGAGAGAGAGAGGAAGCUGUGCAGAAGAUGCUGGACCAAGCUGAAAGUCAGUUGGAAAAUGGUGCUACAUGGCAUAAUCCAGAACCCCCAGAGAACAUAGGAACAGAGAAAGAUAGAGCUAAUUGCCCCUUCUAUAUUAAAACAGGAGCCUGCAGAUUUGGAGACAGGUGUUCCCGCAAACAUAACUACCCAACAUCUAGUCAGACACUUCUCAUUAGAGGUAUGUUUAUUACCUUUGGGAUGGAGCAGUGUAGAAGAGAUGACUACGAUACAGAUGCAAGUCUUGAGUACAGUGAGGAGGAAACCUACCAGCAGUUCUUGGAGUUCUAUGAAGAUGUGCUCCCUGAGUUUAAGAGUGUUGGGAAGGUUAUUCAGUUCAAGGUCAGUUGCAACUUUGAGCCUCACUUGAGGGGAAAUGUGUAUGUUCAGUACCAGUCAGAGAGAGACUGUCAGGAGGCCCUUACUUCAUUUAAUGGACGCUGGUAUGCAGGACGACAGCUUCAAUGUGAAUUCUGUCCAGUGACAAGGUGGAAAACUGCUAUCUGUGGGUUAUUUGAACGGCAAAAGUGUCCAAGAGGGAAACACUGCAACUUUCUUCAUGUAUUCAGAAAUCCAAACAACGAGUUCUGGGAAGCCAACAGGGACAUACAUAUUUCUCCAGAACGGACUAAUCAGUUGGCUAAAAACUCUGAAAGGAGAAGCAGAACUAGCCAACGUGAGGACUAUUACAGCAAGUCAAGGAGACGGAGCAGCCCCAGCCCGGAUUGUUCGUACAGAAGAAAUGGAGAGUCAGGGAGGAAAAAGAGUAGUCGCAAAAGCAAGAAAAGGCACCGGUCCAGCAGAUCAAGGAGCCGGGAAAGAAGGCGGUCACGCAGCAGGGGGAAGAAAAGGCGAGGCCGUAGUCACAGCAGAAGUCAUAGCCGUGCUCGCAGUAACAGUAGAAGCCGAAGUUUCUCUCGGUCCAGAAGUAGGGGCAAAAAGAGAUUGGACAGCAGAGGAAGAAAUAAUGAAACUCCCAAAACAAAGUGAGAAGUAUUCCUUACCACAUGAUUAAGUGUGGUGCUAAGAACAAUCCCACUUCCUAAAAGGAAACCUGGUUGAUCUUUCUCCUAAGAAUAUUGUGCAAGGAGUUCUUAUUAAAGCAAGUAAUAAAGGGACCCUGGUAGGGA